UAUUCAUAGCCAUGUCCAUUAAAAAAGUACAUAUACAGCCUAUGUCGACACAUGGAGGCCUAUCGAAUAUCUACGGAAUAAAAUCCGCCUCUCAAUUAGUAAACAUUUUUGUCCCUUCGAGAAAGGAAGAGGUUUGAUGGCUGGUAGACAACCCUACAACCGGCUGGAGGAAGAACGCAAUGAAACUGCAACUCCUACAAGCAGUCCGGACCACACCCACACACAGGCCACGCCAACAAUCCCGGGGGAUUCAUGUCCCAGCAGGCGUCUGUACUGGCACUGUCCACCAAGGAUACCACUCAGACGAAAGCGGGGGUACCACGCCUUGACUGUUUCCAAUGUCGACGUUGCAACCUACGCAGCACGAGCCCGGCAAGUAGGGCCCGGAGGAGAAACGGUCAUCGUCUAACCUCCGUGACGGGAAGGACGCCCCCUGUCAAUAGUUAGAAACUAUUCAACCAAGGAGAAAGUUGGCUUUAAAGAAACUAGAAUGACACUGUCGUUGUGUAUUUAAAGAAAACAAGAUUUCAUUAUAAGGCCAAAAUGCAAAUAUACAUGUAUUUGUUAGUAUUAUAUUAAUAUUUGUUUUGUCGGACAGUGGUAAUUGGAACGAAUUAGUUUCGUUUGAAAGACAGUUCAAGGUGUACAGUUUGAUUCUAUUCCAGAGGUAUCAGUGGGUAAUUAUUUUACGGGAAAUGGUCAAAAUGUGGUUGAUUCCAGUUCGGAGGAAAUACGUUAUUCCAACGCAUAAUAAAUUGAACAAAUGCUGCAUGUGGGAAUAAUGUUUUAUUUUUGGUUUUUGGGUUUGCCACUUUUUCCCAUCAAAGCCUCGCAUUUUUAGAAUCAUGUACAUGCUGCCCUUUACGAGGAAGACCUGCUAUUCGGGGAAAUGUUUCACGGAACAUGCUGCAUGCAGUCAGCGCCCGUGCCCCCCCCCCUCUGCUGGUCCGGUCCGUGCGCGUACAGGGCCGGAACGAAAGCACAACAUACAUGUACAUGUACAUGUACAUGUACUGUACAUGUACGUGCAGCAUGCACGCACAAGGCCCACACACAAUGCCGGGACAUGUCACCUUCGAAACUUUUACCGCUGCACGGGCAGGGUGUGUGAGGGGUGGAGUCGGGAGCCACCGAGUAUACUAUGCUCCUGCCAGUCACACCUCCAAGUGGCAGUGCCAUAGUUCCAAGGCACUGCGGAAGGAGUUGGUUGACAAGGACAAGCACUGCAGCGGUGAGCACCACCAGCCGCCAUGUCGCUGAUAAUGAAGAUCCAGCAGCUGCAGGGCCCAGCCAUACAGCAGAUGCAGCUGCUGUACCAGCAGAACCGGUUCCCCCUUGAGGUCCGCUACUACUGCGCACCGUGGAUCGAGGCCCAGCAGUGGGGGAACAUUGACGUGGACAGCCCCAGCAGCGAGCCGGCCGCCACCAUCCUGCUACAGCAGCUGGUGCAGCAGAUCAACCAGAAGGCGGAGGCGCUGACGGGAGAAGAUAAGUUCUUCCUCCGCAUGAAGCUGAGCAACUUUGCCACCGAGCUCUAUGAGACAUACGGCAAUGACUCGCUCAAGUUUGUAAGGGUUGUCCGUCAUUGUCUUGAGAAGGAACAGAGGCUGGUGGACCAGGACACAAAUGGCUUGCAGGACAGCUUGGAGCAGGUCAUGCCCGUGUCUGAUGCACACAAUGAGAUUGAAAGCACACUGCAGAACCUGAAGUACAAAACUCAGGCCCAAGAGAAAUUUCUUGGUGACAUGCAACAGAAGCAGGAACUGUUUGCCGUCCAGUUGCAGGAAAGGAGGUGUAUGUUGGAAAAUACGUUGGCUUCGCUUCAGCAGCAGUACCCCCAGCAGGACGACCCCAACAGGAGGGCGGAGUUUGCCCGCUUCAGUCAGAAGAAGCUGGAACUGAACUCGCUGGUCCAGAAUGAAGCCCAACAGCUCAUGGGUUUGAGAAUGCAACUGGCCAAAAUGCACCAGGAGACCUUCAUGAUGCUCAGCAACGUGCAGAGCAAGGUCCUGGGCGAUGAGCUGAAGAUCUGGAAGCGGCAGCAGCAGCUGGCCGGCAUCGGAGGCUCACCGGAGGGGUCCCUGGAUGUCCUACAGUCCUGGUGUGAAGCCCUGGCUGAGGUCACAUGGCAGAACCGGCAGCAGCUGCAGCGGAUUGAGAUGCUCAAGCAGCAGGUGCCCAUGAACGCACCGGCCCAGGACGUGCCGGACCUCAGCAACAACUUCACGGGCCUGCUGUCGGCCCUGGUCAGCUCCACCUUCGUCAUUGAGAAGCAGCCGCCCCAGGUCUUGAAGAAGGAGACAAGAUUCUCGGCCGCCAUCAGAUUGCUGGUAGGCGGCAAGCUGAACGUUCACAUGAACCCGCCCCAAGUCAAAGCCACAAUUAUCAGUGAGGCACAGGCGAAGGAUAUGCUCCACAACGAAAGUGCCAACUUUAACGAGACCAGCGGGGACAUCAUCAACAACUCGGGCGUUCUGGAGUACCACAAGGAUUCCGGAGUCCUAAACGUCACCUUCAGAAACAUGUCCCUGAAGAAAAUUAGAAGGGCUGACAGAAGAGGACAGGAGUUUGUGACGGAAGAGAAGUUCACGUUACUGUUCCGGUCCAAUUUCUCGGUGGCCAGCGGUGAAUUGAUGUUUCAAGUCAGAACCCUUUCGCUGCCUGUAGUUGUGGUGUCGCAUGGUAACCAAGAAUGCAAUGCUUUAGCAACCAUUCUCUGGGAUAAUGCUUUUGGUGACUGCUCAUCAGGUAGGAUACCAUUUGCCGUCCCUGACAAGGUGCCGUGGCCGGAAAUGGCCCAGGCCCUCAACUCCAAAUUCAUGGCCGUCAAUGGUCGUAGUUUGUCCAACGAGAACAUGCAGUACCUGGCCAUGAAGGCAUUCAGUGGUCAGAACGUACAGACUGAUGACUACAACAGCAUGUACAUCAGCUGGAGUACAUUCAACAGGGAUCCCCUGCCUGGCUGCACGUUCACCUUCUGGAAGUGGUUUCACGGCGUCUUGGAGCUGACAAGGAAAUAUCUGCGCGCACCGUGGAAUGAAGGGUCUAUCCUGGGCUUCAUCACCAAGGAGCACGCCCAAGAGCUGCUCCUGACCAAGCAGACGGGUACCUUCCUGCUGCGCUUCAGCGACUCCAAGCUGGGCGCCAUCAGCAUCACGUGGGUCAACGAAGACCCGACCACAGGAGACAGGCAAGUGCUGAACCUGCUGCCCUUCUCCAGCGAGGAUUUCCACAUCCGUUCCCUUGCCGACCGCAUCCACGACUUGCCCCACCUGACCAACCUCUUCCCGGACAUUCCCAAGGACACGGCGUUCGGUAACUUCUACACACCAAUGGACGAAGUACUCCCGCAAGCUGGAGAUGGAUACGUCAGUUCUGUACUGGUCAGUAAGAUUCCCCAGUUGAGCGCUCCACCGAGCUACCCGAUUGAGAAUCCCGGAUCUGUAGAACCAGCUUCCCCACAGCAACAGCCUCAUAACAGCAGGCAAGAGUUUGUGGACUUCGGCGGCAUUUCAGACUUUGAUGAUAUGCUGGAGGAUCGCGAGCAAGAAGAAACACAACUGGCUCCAGACAUCAACGAACUCCUCAAGGACUUUGACACGUUCGACAUGGAUCCUAUUCUUUAAGAUGAAAAGGUCCAAGGUUAACAGGUCACUGGGCCCCAGGGGUCGCUCUUGUAAAUUUUGUAUGUGCUCCCUGAGGGCAAGCUCUGUGGAGUUGAUAGUUAAUAAUCAGGAAAAGCCUUGUUGCUGUUAAGCAAAGUUAAAAUGAAGUCGCACAUCUUGUGACUAAUUUUGUCCAGCCCAUUUUAUGCUUUGUGCCUAAAUUGGCUAACCCUGGAAACCACUCAUUGUCUGUACACCUAAUGACUUGUUCGGUUGGUGACCUUGUUUUGUCGCUGAAGCGAGUUCCCAUCACUGCCUCCACGUGAUUGGCCUCAGGUCUGUACAUGUACAUAGUCGUUUUUACUAACUUUCAAGAAUCGGCACACAGUGGUCACAGACUGGUAUUUCUGCUAUGCCGUUAUACUCUGCAGGUUACAGUCUACUGGCAAUGCUGCCUCUCCAUACUGUUCCGCAGAGUUCUAGAGAGAGCAGACACUCUUGAUUUAAUUCAUGAGUGCUGUAGAAUACGGACCCAUCCUCUGGGGUGCAACAAGGGUAUGUUGCCUGCAGCUCAGUGCGUAGCAGGGAAAAGCCAAGUUGGCUCAUUGAGAGAAUAUCCUUUGUAAAUAAGUAUUACCUGCCAAAAUGAUGGUUAAUGUGGCAAUUUGUCAGAAUUUAAUGUAGGUGGGGGAUAUUCCUACAAAGAUUCACUACUUGUUAAUGACAGUAGGUGAAAGAGUUCCUCAUGUCGCAGGUACAUUAAUUUUGAACCCAUCAGAAAUGGACGAGCACGACUUUUGAACAAACAGAAAGUGAAAAUGUAGACAAAUCUUUCACCAAAACUUGAAUGGUACUGACCAGCUAAGUUACGAGUUCUAUCUUCAUGCAGAACUCACUAGUUUCAGUGUAAUGUGUCAAAAUGUCCAGUGGCAGGAAUAAGCACACGUGACUGAGUUUCUUAGAGUGUGUAAGCAGAAAAACAGGCUCUGGUAAUUUGUAAACUAAGUAGAAAUUUGUGAAAGUUACAGGGAGUGAGUUGAGCAUGACACUUUUGGCCUUCCCUCUGUUUCUGCUAAGCAGAAACUUGUUUGUGCUCAUGUAUGUGAUUGUUUGCCUGGGCUCUCUUUGUAUUAAAGAGUGCAGUUUUUAGAAAUUGGACAUGAAUCGUGGGCUUAACCUUCCCAGGACUACUGAUAUUGGAAUUUUUGAUGAUUUUUUUUUCUUUGUCAAUUUUCGCUGUGUUUGAAUCUAACUCUACCUGGACAAAAUAUGUGAUGGACUUUUUUCUCACAAUGUUGCCCGAGUUUAAAUAUGUAAAAAUAGAACCAACAGGUCAGCUGAUGAGUAUGUAUCUCCAUGCGCUUGACUUUAUUGGUGGAUAUGAAGGAGGUGGUUUUUGGUAAUUUUUAGUAUUUUUUUUUUGGUGAAAAAGUUGUGACAGUGCUCAUAGGCUGUGUCCAUAUGUUAUGGUUGUGGCUGUUCCCCAUAGACUUUGUGUUCCUCCUAGCCAUAGCUGUUUGGUUUUGACAUAGCCUUUAUGGAGUUGUGCUUUCACAAGCUUUUACACUGUUUGCUCUUGUAUUACCCCCCCCAAAAAAAAACUGCCGUACACAGAAUUUAAGUACACUGAUACCUCUGAUGGAAGUGAGCAGUAAUGUCCUGUUUUUAUCGCUUUUAAUUUUUAAUCACGUCGGUGUAUACAUACAAUUGGUGUGCUCUGUGUGUUACGUAAUAUGUAUACAUGUAUAUGUUGUCAGUUUCACAUAUUCAUUUAAAAUUAGUCCAGUCAGGUUGUAGCUAGUAUACAGUGAUGUAAACUCAGCCUGUAAGUGGCUUUGCAUGUUGGCACGGCUUAUCAAAAAGUGACUACCAGAAAACCGACAGCCAGAACGUUUUCCACACCUCCAGGGAGAUCAAAACUGAACUAUUUCUGUGUACAUUUGUUACACAGCUCUUUGUGAUGUUUGCGUGCCACAAUCCUCACCUCCUGUACAGCACCAAUGUGAUUGACGACCAGUGUUUAUUUAUGUUGUAUUCUGGAAACUUAGAAAGACAGAAAAAAAAAAUUAUCAAAAAUAUUUGCCCACAGAAUUAUUUUUAUAUUGUUUUUCAGCCUGAAGCAUUGUUGAAAAAUGAAUCCUGGCUAAAAUUCAAGCCCACAGUUUUUACAGUAUUUUUGAAUGGAUCUCCAGACUGCACUGGCCUGCUGCUGAUACUUUCUUUUGGGUCUCGAUGUCCCAGUUUUGUCUGUGUAAAGAGCAAGCUGCUGCUUCACUCAAACAUUUGGGAGAUUGAUUUAGAUUUUGGCAAGCUUCCUAUCGAAUAAUAUGUACGGAGUUAGGGGGUUAAGCAAUCCAUAAAUUAAGCUGGGAUUUGAAGUGUAUACUUCGAAGCGAGAAAGACAAAAACUUUAUCCAACAUUUGCUGGACUCCCCCCACCGUGUGUUUCACCUGAGAAUAUAAAAUUAACGACGAGAGAGGGGGCUUUUGCAAACAAUUGGAAAUUCUACCUUGUAAUGGAAAGUCUUUUUAUGAGGGGUGAAGAUAGAAAUGUCAACCCCUUCAAACAAGCUGAGUGAAGCAUACUGUUAAAAAUUUUAUUUUGGUACCUCUGCUGCUUGCAUUUCGUCUUGUUGAGUAUACGCUUGCAGGAAAAGUUUAGUAUUUGUACCUAAAGCAUUGUUCUGUCCCUUGUCAUGCGGACCAUUUAGUCAUAUGCAGCUGCGAAUCUUGAAUUCUGUUAUGAACAACUGUUGUAAAUUGUAAUGCUUCUCUGACGCAUGGGUGUGUGUGGUGUUUCCCUGUGAGCUGGCCGGCAUACCUUCUGAAUAAUUAAAUGCUUCCAUAUUAAAAACCCGAGGUAUGCUGGAGUCUUGAUCAAAUCCUUUCCUUUCUGCCCAUAUCCCCGAAUGGUGCUGAUGGCUACUUUAAGUUGUCUCAUUAUAUUUGUAGUGACUGUACAAAUCAUUGUAGAAAUCAAGUAGUAUGAAUUUCUUUCAAAUUUAGAGCUUUGUUCUUUGUGUACUGAACAAUUUAAGAGUAGAUAUUAGGCUUGGGCAACUUCCCAACUGUUCUGUAAUUAAUGUCACUUGUUUUGGGUAGAUUGACUCCAAAUUUCCAAGAAACAAGGGGAAAAAAUUCAUAAUACUGUUGAACUAAACUAUACAGUUGUGAGUCAUUGGGAAUUUGAAGUUAUCACAGUAGCGACGUGAAAUUGCUUUUGGAGUCUUUGGACUUGAGGGGGGGGGAGGAACCGAGGUCAGACAGAAAGGAAUUGGAGUCCUUUUUAAAAGAAGAAAAAGCUAAUUGAGAUCCUGUGAUUCUGAACUGGAAUUGCCCAACCUAGUGCUGUAGAUGAAUAGAUUUUUAGGCCAGAAUAUAUUUUUAGGCCAGUGUAGAUAAAAAAAACUACAUUAACAGACUAAUCAACGAAUGUGAAUAUAUGAAGCUGGUAACAAACAUUUGUCUUGUUUGACACAUGCCAGUUAUACUUCAAAACUGACCCACGGUUGAUUUGGCUGAAGAGACUUACGCAAAUCACGAUCAAAUAUUUUGUGUACUUUACAUCAAAAGAAAAUGAAUAAUUUCAUUGCCAUUAAGGUAGGGUUGGCCAAAAUCUACCUGCCGGUAGGCACUUACCUUUAAUGGAAGUGAAAUGCCUCAUCUGUCGAUGAAAUACCUGGUCAACAUUUCUGUGACUUUUUUUUAGGACAGAACACUUCCACUGGGGAUUCACUACCAUUUGACUUCCCCUAAGAUGAAUUUUCUGGGUAAAAAAAAAAAAAAAGUCAUUUGAAGUAAGUAAAACUUUUUGAAUGUUUUCCAAUGAACAUUCAAACCAUCUACAUUACCACUACUUGGACACAGAGCUGAACUGUGAUUUCAGUGCAGUUUUAUUUUCAUGUAAUGUUAUUCAUUAGUAUUGGUGUAGCAUUGCAGACCCUUUGCUUUGUGUAUCAAGUGCUGUAAACUGAAUAAAGCAGGCAGUGUUUAAAAAA